AAAAUUUCUCAAUCCCAAAUUCACCAACCUAUUGAAUUGACAGUGUGGGAAAUUAAAUAUGUUUGAUUUGACGGUCGGGGGAACUUCAAUUAGAGGUCGAUGGAUGGCACCUGCGACAGCGAGAUCGCGAUGGGAGGGUUUCAGCGGCGACAUAGCUUGCGAAAAAACGUGAAGCCUGCUCGCGGGCAGGUUUACGUGUACAGUAAGUCGCUAUGGGUAGAACAACCGUAGGGGCGGUGGAAGAAGAGUGGUUCGACCGGCCGGAGAGCGUGGAGUGUGUGAGGAAGGUGAGGACGAUAGGAGAAGAGAACUGGAGGCGAUUUGCUGGGGAGGUGGUGCUGGAGAUGAAGGGUCAACUGAUGAAGUAUCCUGUGGAUGUGGAUUUGAUGGGCCGGGUUGGGCCGCUUCCUUGGUUUGCGGCGUUUCCGGAUGUUGGUGGGAAUAUCUUGGACGUAGAUACCGUUGCAGUAGAAUAUGAAUAUUUUUUACUCGAGGAAGCGGAAGCGGAAGCCUCCGUGGGAGGAAGGCUAUUGGGGGUGGGUUCGCACAGUAGAGAAACAGAUUGUGGAAAUGGCUAGAAACCGUCGGCAGGGUUUCAAGAAGAGGAGAAGACGAAGCUAUAUUUGGAUUCUGGAAAUGGCUAUAAAUCGUCGAGUGCAUAUGGUUCGAUGGAAAAGAAGAUCCUUGUGCCAACUGUGUACCACCCCACGAUAGAGAGGCUCGGAGGCUAGAGGAAGAAAAAUCGUGGGAUUUG